AUGACUGGUCUAGUGUUAGUUGAUGUCGCCAUUUCAAACCCUGGAGAUCAAGAGAGGAGGAGGGGAGGGACAAGAAUCCUGCUCUCAAAGUUUGCUGUUCUGCAGUUGGCGUCUAUGCUGUAUAAUGAUUUAGUAAAGGGUAGUAGUAAGGAUACUAGACAAGUACUCAAAAGGAUUGACUAUGGAGGAACGUUCACCCUCCUACUCUUGGUUGGGAGCUCCCUUCUGUUCCUGGCAACUAAAUACAAUGCGGAAUACCCAGUAAGUGGUACUGAUAAAUCUGAAAUGAUUUGUCCUAACCUUUCUCAGUGGAGUCACCCUUAUGUCUGGUCAAGUCUGAUAUGCAUGAUGGUCUCAUUGCUUGGAUUCAUCCUUAUUGAGCUCUAUGUAUCACCAGAACCAAUCAUGCCACCGUUCUUGUUGCAUCAACGAGUACCAGUACUGGUCAGUGUGAGCAACGUUCUGGUUUCAGUUUGCAAUUUUGCAGUCACGUAUUUCUUUCCUGUGUGGUUUGAAACGGUUAAACUGGCAAGCGCGUCCUCUGCAGGGAAGUACAAGGUAUUGAGUGUUGUAUUUGGAAUCUUUCCUACUCUUGCUGCCGUCCUUAUCGCGUCUCUCACUGCGGACUCGAGUGAAUGGCUACAAUGGUUGAGCUUGGUCGGUAUCCCAUCCACGAACGUAGAUGAACACUGA